AUGUUGGGGCAAGUGCUUACCCUCACACUCUUCCUGCUCAUCAAGGGACAUCGGGGCCAAGGUUCUGCUGAUCAUGUGGUUGGAAUCUCGGGAGAGUCUGUCUGGUUACGGCCCCCCAGCGUACAGAUAAGGACAUACUCUGUUAAAUGGAAGAUGCAGCCAUACUCAAAUUCAAGCUGUUUUUUGAUACACUCUUGGAAGAAUGUUUCCAGCCAGAGCGAUGUAGGGAAGAGUUUGAAUUGGACUCCAAAUCAUUUCAACAAUAGACUCAGCUUUAUAAGCGAAAACUUAACUCUUCUCAUCAUGGCAGUUCAGCAGCAGGACAGUGGCCUCUACUUCCUGGAGGUCACUGAAGACACUGGGAAGGUUUGGAGACAUAAGUUCCAGGUUUCCGUAUUUGAUCGUGUUGAGAAGCCCCAGCUGGUGGAGAGGUGGAAGGUCCUGGGCAGGGGGAUGUGCCAAGUGACUCUGUCCUGCUCAGUCUCCAGAGGUGGUGAUGUGAGCUAUGCUUGGUAUAAAGGGACUGAGCUGAUUCAGACACCCAGGAACCUCACCAAACUGGAGGAGAAGAUUGAUGUCAGUGGUUUGCACACAUACACCUGCAAUGUCAGCAACCCUGUCAGCUGGGCAAACCACACCCUCCAACUCACACAGGGCUGUCUGAAUGCCCACCCGAGUUUCAUCUUUCUGUUCAUUUUGGUGAGCAUCGUGAUUCUCCUAACGGCAUUGUUCCUGGGCACCCUCACCUGCUUCUGUGUGCGGAGGUGGAAGAGGAAGCAGUCACAGACCAGACCAGAGGAAUUUCUGAUGAUCUAUGAAGAUGUCAACAACGUGCAAACCAGGAGAAAUCAAGAGCAGAAUUCCCCUGGAGAAGGGCACACCAUCUACUCCAUGAUCCAGUCCCAGUCUUCUGCUUCCACAUCACAAGAUAAUGCAAAUACAUUGUAUUCAUUAGUACAGUCUUCCUGGAAGUCUGGAUCCAAGAAGAUGAACCACAACACUUCCUUCAAUAAAACUGUCUAUGAAGAGGUGGGAAAGAGAGCAUCCAAAGCUGCAAACCCUGCUCGACUGAGCCGCAGGGAGCUGGAGAACUUCUGUGUAUAUCCCUAGUUGCCGCAGCUGUUCUCACCUUUCUUACAGUUCUG